UCCCCUCGGCCCCGGAGCCGCCGCCGGAGCCAUGAUCGGGGACCUGCUGCUCUGCGGGACGCUGCUGGUGAACGCCGGUGCCGUGCUCAACUUCAGGCUGAGGAGGAGGGACACGGAGGGAUUCGGAGAGGAGCAGAGGGAACCCACGACCGGUGACAAUAUCAGAGAGUUCUUGCUGAGUCUCAGGUAUUUCCGAAUCUUCAUUGCCCUGUGGAAUAUCUUCAUGAUGUUCUGCAUGAUUGUGUUAUUUGGAUCUUGAAAGCCACCCAUGGACACGUUGGAAGAGACUUUUGGCUGGGAACAAACUUUUCUAGAAGUAAAAGAUCCUGCUGCUCUCCAGCUGCAGCCCCAGGCCCGUGGGGAGCUGGGACGUGCUCGUCCCCUCCACAUUCCUGCUCUGCCAGGGCUUGGAGCCACAACCUUCACGCAAAUUAUCUCAGCUUCACUGAAAGAGAAUUUUGACUUGGUUUUCUAAGCUCAGAGUGAGAGCAGGGGAGAGCUGGAGCCAGUUUUAAACCUCUGCCUGUGCCAGCUCGAGUUACCCCUGUCCAAGUCACACUCCUGAGUUCUCAGUUUUGUGUAAAAGUUGAGCAGAGUGUUCUUGUAACUUCUUACUAUUCCUUUCAUUUUUUGGAGGUGUAGAAAAGGAAUAUUCAAGAAAAAAAUGCCAUUCUCACCUUCUCCCUGUUUUUCCAGAAAAAAAAAAAAAAAGCUUUUAAAAUUAAUAUUUCAAAGGAUUUUUUUUCCUAAGCAAUAUGUAAGGGAUUUUGAGUGGGGAAAAAUGGCAAAAAUCAUUCUCUUAAGCCAAUGUUAAGAGAUAAUUUUGGAAUAAUCUUGGAUUUGGUUGAAUAAAGUUCUAUUUAAGGGUAAAAUAUAUAUUUGAUGUCAUGUUCAUUCUGUUACAGGAGAAAUUGAUUCUGUAUUGGUGUAUUUUGGGAAAUUGUAGAUAUUCCUGUAAUCUGUCUGGAGUCUUGUGUUAUUUUUAUUGUUGGGCUUUCUGACCAACAGCUUUUCCCCAGAAUCACCGAGCUCAUUUAAGAGAGUGGGGUGCUGAGUAUCUUUUAAAUCAAACUGUAAACUGUUAGUGGGCCUUCCACAGUUUCAGUUUCUUUAGCUGUUGAGGAGAAAGACACAUGAUUUAAAUUAUUCCCUGGCACAUAUUUUAGGGAGUAUUUUGAAUUUUACCUGGUAGUGAGAUGCAAGUGUUGGGCACCUGCAGCAUUUUAUUUGAGUCGCCUUCUUGGUUGAACUGAAGUUUUCACAUUAAUGAAACGUGACAGGGGAAAGGUCAUUUGAGGGAGGCUGUAAUGAACCCAGAAAAAUAUACAGACAGGCUCCUUCAAAUGUGGUUUGAGCCAUCUGGAAAUAUGUACAACCUUUGGUUAAAUUUAAACACAUUAAUUGUCUGUAAUUUUGGUAUAUUUUAACCCUUUUCUGAUUCUUUAGAAUGAGAUCAAAAAAAUAAAAAGUACGAUACAGGGAUUGAACCAAUAUAAUUCUUGGAAAACA